AUGGCGCAAGGGCAGGGUGACGCCCCCCCCUGUCCUGCCCGGGACGGUCGGUCCCCGCGCGUCGCAACACUUCUGCAGAAGGCACGGGGGCUCCCCUGUUCCUCUCUCUCUUCUCCUUUUACUGUGUCCUCGUCGCCUUCAUCUCUCGUCGCUUCCAAGGCGCCCUCCGCAUCUUCCUGCUCUCCUUCGCCCUACGGGCCUGCCUCGUCGUCUCCUGCCUGCUUGUCGUCUGCCGCUUCGGCGUCGCCUUCUGCGUCUUCUCUUCCGAGUUCGAGCCUUUCCUUGACGUUGUCGUGCUCGCCCUGCCUCUCUUCUCUCUGUCGCGCGACUCUGCAGCGUCUGCAAAGCAGCAGCGAAGGCACAGCUGCCUUGGGGAAGUCGUGCGCCUGUCUCGCAGAGAAAGUCUACGCAGUGGCGCUUGAGCGGGAGGCGCUGGACGAGGCGGAGCAAAGGCGACAAACGCACACCGGAGAGGGGGACACCGAGGAAGACCGUAGGAAGGAUGCAGGGCUGAGGGAGGAAGGAGAGGAUGAAGAUGCGAUCAGCUCUGCAGACAAACUAGUGAUCACCCGCCUCGAGCCGCGCCUGGUUUCUUUUCAGAGUCUCUUGAAUCAGGAGCGAGAACUGGUCUCCCAGGCACGCGCAGCUGUCAAAUCUCUCGAUGCUGCGCUCAUACAACACAUGAGGGAGACAGAGUCUCCGCCCUUCGGAAAGAAGCAUAGAGCUUUUCCGGUGGCCUCGACUGGGGACGCAGCGGCGGAAGACGCCGCACAACCGGGCGACCGCAGUCACGAGUGCGAGUCGAGAACGAAGCAGGAAGUUCUUUAUGCAUUCCUUGUUUUGUGUCACCGCCUCGUCGCGAUUAUGGAGGAAGCCGCAGACUUUAGGCAAGAUCUGAAGGAAGAGCUCACGCACUUCGCCCCCGCCGAAACCUUCAGAGCUGCAAAAAUUGCCUUGCAAGCGGAGCCGUAUGUAUGGGAUGAGAAAGAAAUUCUCAAACAAGCUCACAAGUGCCUAGACGCGUGGGUUCCCACUGGCCCUGGCCGAAGGUCUCUUUAG